AUGGAAUGGACAUCGGGCGGAUUGCCGUGGAAACGAGAAAAGGGAAAGGACAAGGCCAAGGUCGAGGCGCAGAAGAAGGAGCUGCGCACCAACGAGACCCUCCUCAACCAGGCGAUGAAGGGCUGCCCGAAGGAAACGUACGUGCGCAUCAUGCGCUACCUGGACGACCUCGAGUACUACGACGUGCCCGACUACACUUACAUCUUUGGCACGAUCCGGGACACAUUUAUGAUCAACCAUCUGGACCCGUUCGCGCCGCUGGACUGGGAGACUGGGCGCAAGUUUCAGCCCAGCGCCGAGUGCAUUGGCGAUGGGAUCCCACCGUUUACUAAGGCCGAUUUCCAGAGGCAAUGCGAGGACCAGACCCAGCAGGACCACAACAACAACGAG